GGGCGGGCGGGCGGGGGUGGUUGGGACCGUCCCUCACAGCCGUCCCGCCCGCCGCCGCCGCGCUGCGCCCAUGGUGAUUGUGCUGCAUCCCCCGCGCGCCGAGCGGGGCGAGCUGCCCGCGCCUCCCCGCCGGGGCGCCCAGGUGUUGGUGUCUUCAGAGUCAUUUAGGCUUUUAGUUCUGAGGAAGUAGAGACACAAGGAUUGAGUCUGUUUUACGUAGAAAGCUACAGCUCUUCACCAGUACUCUUUUUACUCCUUCCUAUCCCUGCUAUAGGGGAGGACAAUUUAGGAAUUAUUUUAACAGUCGUUUACUCCCCUUCCCCCCUCAGAAAUCUACCCUGGUCCCCGAGGCAUCUGCUAGACAUUGCCUGUUAUAGGACCAGGAGAACGUUCUCAUCAUCAUCAUCCCUUGCUUGCUUUGGGAGCUUCAGUAGUACCCUUCCCUCCUUUGGAGUGUAGUGCAGAGAGGCAUCCAGAAGACCUCCUUACCACCCUUUUUGGUUAGUAGAGGAUCCAGGAAAAGGGGUACCUAGCAAGACACGUGACCUCCUUAAGGGAGCCAGAACUGAAGCAGCACUUAGCACGCUGAAGGAAACACCCAUCUUUAGUGUCUACUUCGUCUUCCACUCCUCCUUCAUCACCAAAUUUCUGCAGUUUCAUUGAAAAGAAACCUUGAAGGUUGCAACACAAGUCCAAGAUGUGCAGUUCAGUUGCUCCCAGGCUGUGGUUCUUAACAGACCGUCGCAUCAGAGAAGAUUACCCUCAGCAGGAGAUCCUGAGAGCACUGAAGGCCAAAUGCUGUGAAGAGGAACUGGAUUUCCGGGCCUUGGUGAUGGAUGAAGUGGUGCUGACCAUUGAGGAUGGAAAUCUUGGUCUCCGGGUGAAAGGGGAGCUCAUUACUGCUUACCCACAAGUGGUGGUCGUGCGUGUGCCAACACCUUGGGUCCAGAGUGACAGCGAUAUCACAGUCCUUCGCCACCUAGAGAAGAUGGGCUGUCGAUUGAUGAAUCGUCCCCAAGCCAUCCUCAACUGUGUCAACAAGUUCUGGACAUUUCAAGAACUUGCCGGUCAUGGUGUGCCUCUUCCAGACACUUUUUCGUAUGGUGGUCAUGAGAAUUUUUCCAAAAUGAUUGAUGAGGCGGAAGUGCUGGAGUUCCCUAUGGUGGUGAAGAACACGCGGGGUCAUCGAGGUAAAGCUGUGUUCCUGGCACGAGACAAGCACCAUUUGGCAGACCUAAGCCAUUUGAUCCGUCAUGAUGCCCCUUACUUAUUUCAAAAAUACGUUAAAGAGUCCCACGGCAAGGACGUACGUGUCAUCGUAGUAGGAGGCCGUGUGGUGGGCACCAUGCUCCGCUGCUCAACAGAUGGGAGGAUGCAGAGUAACUGCUCACUUGGUGGUGUAGGAAUGAUGUGCUCACUGAGUGAACAAGGCAAGCAGUUGGCAGUCCAAGUGUCAAACAUCCUGGGGAUGGAUGUGUGCGGCAUUGACCUGCUGAUGAAGGACGACGGUUCAUUCUACGUCUGCGAGGCCAAUGCAAAUGUAGGUUUCAUUGCCUUUGACAAGGCUUGUAAUUUAGAUGUAGCUGGUAUCAUAGCGGACUAUGCCGCUUCUCUGCUCACCCCCGGCCGCUUGACGCGGCGCAUGUCCUUGCUCUCCGUGGUGUCCACGGCAAGCGAGACUAGCGAGCCAGAGCUGGGCCCUCCAGCUAGUGCCGCUGUCGACAAUAUGAGUGCUAGCUCCAGCUCUGUCGACAGCGACCCUGAGACCACGGAGAGAGAGUUGCUCACCAAGCUCCCGGGGGCUCUUUUCAACAUGAACCAGCUAUUAGCCAAUGAGAUUAAACUCCUGGUGGAGUGAUGCCACGUGUAAAUAGAUGACCAACAGAACUCUCUCUUGUAAAUUUUUUUUUUUAAGCCAACUUGCAAUGCUGUUUAUCAGAGACGCUCAGAGGAAAUGAGGAAAGGGGGUGGGUGUGUCAGUCAAGAGAGCAAGAGUAAAAGGCACACGUGCUGUGAUUGCUGUCCCUGCUUUUUUGCAGAACAUUAAAUUGUCUUCAUUCUUCAGCAACAGCUUUACAAUAAAGAUGUUCAGUUCAUAACCAGGCAGCAGUUUUAUUUGGAUGCUGCUUUGGUCCCAAGAUAUAUUACAGUUCAUGUGUCUUCACAGGCAGGCAUUGAAGCAUGAUUCACACUUGAAGAUUUCAGAAAGUUGUCUGGCAGCUCUCUAGAAACUUCUGUGAAUUACUGCACCAGUUAAGUCUCUUCUACCUCUGUAAGGCUUGAUCCUGUAAAUUGCUGAGUGCCUCAAAUUCUUUAUGUGAGUUGAAGGUGUUAAAUACCAAGUAUUUCAAAAUUCCUGGACACCUACUGUUCCUACUCUUUUAGGUGGGAGCUGUAAGUUCAGGAUCCUUUUAAAAAAGUCAUCACUUUCUGACCUUGCAGGAUACGGCCUUUCAAAUGAUGAGGCUGAGAGAAGUGUCAGUUGACUUAACAAGAAUUUUCUGUAAAAAUCUGUAACUUGUACCAUCUUGGUAUUAAGUGGCAGCUUUGUGUCUAAAUUUCUUUAUAAAGCUUUUGAAGGAGGAUAUUAGUACUUUGUUUUUCUCAUUUCAAAUCCUGAUUUUGGAAGGUAUCUAGGAGAAUUAGUCAUAUUCUAUUUGUGGGCAGAAAUGGCACGUUUAAACUAUUUUUUUGCAUGGUUGGAGGAGAUAAACAGCACUGUAAUGUUUGGUAUACAAAAUGAUGUUUAACCCAAUGUGAAAAUGAAUUUACACUAGUUUAAAGCAAACGUGCAUCGACUUGUAUUUGUUAGUGUUUUAGUCUUUCUGAGAGAGAUCUGCAAUGUUAAUGUUCCUUUUUCUUUAAUACAUGCUAGUCCAACACUCCCUUCUCUAUGCCUGCAUCUUUAACAGUGGCCAAAGUGAAAACACCGCAGACUGUUUGUUAAGAAAACACUGAGAUAUAGCCUGUACAUUGUUGGGGGGUUUGUUCGUUUGUUUUUAUUUUUCACUUUUUUUCGGAGGGAGGAAUGUGUUAAGGUGUGGAGGAGGGAAGAGCUGGUUAAAAGUGAUUAGUAGUCCAGAGGAACUUUAGAAUAAAGCAGUUCGUACAAUACUUACCAGGCUUACUUUUUCCCCACUGAACAUAAAAGCUGAUGUUAGCAGAAAUCCAAAGAGUAUAACUGGGGAGAAAUACUCAGUUUGUAGCUUUGGGAAAAAAAUGUGACAGAUUUAAAAAAAAAAAAAAAGAAGAAGAGAGCUCAGCCAGAAUUUAAAAAAAAAAAAAAAGAAAAGAAAAAAGUAUAUAACCUAGGUCCACAAACAAUCAACAGAUUGAUUCUGGACCCUUACAUGUGUGUGGUGUGAGUGCACACACUUGUGUGUGUUUGUGUGCGCGUGCAUUUGUUUGGCUUGAUUUCUUUUGGGGUUUUGGCUGUUUAGCUCCUAAUUUUUUUCCAGGCUUCCUGAUUUUCCUUAAUCCUUCUGGCUGUGCAUUUUCUCAUUAGCCUUGAGCUGGUUUGGAAAACAAAUAGCCAAAACAGAUACUGAGCCCAUUUUUCAGUCCCUGUCUUCCUCCUCCUUUUCCUCCUCCUUCUCCCGUUUCAUUCCCCUCUUAUUCUCUGGGUUCAUAAAACCCUGGAACUAUAGAUAUAUAUAUAUAAAGAUAAGCCUCUUUUUUAAAAACAUAAAGUAAAACGUUUACAAUCGAAAAAUAAUCUUGUGAAAAUAGGUUUUGUUCGGAGGGGGGUUGUGUGUGUGCAAUGCUGCUGUUUUCUGGAUACUUUAAUGGAGCAUGUCCCAUGUACCCUCUGAGGUUCUGCACUGCCCACCUCUGUGGCCCUUCCUCACCUCUCUGCUGCUCUGCUGUUUUAUCUUCACUUGGACCUUAAACACAACUCACGGACACUAUGCAGAGAGUCUUCAAGAGGCAAUAAACAGAACAGUAUUAACCUGCUUUAUGGAGGUUUGAUCAUGCUUCUUUGUACAGUUUUGUUUUUUUAUUUUAAAAGGAAUGUAAUAAAAUGGCUUUUUUUUUUGUAGAAUUAAAUAUUAUUAUUAAAAUCAAGUGAAAGGUUGACUGUUGAUGUUAAGCAGGAGAGUGGACCAGCUGGUCCAGCAAAAAAAGGAUCUUCAGCAGUAAAGGUAUUUUCAAAUCCUUCCCGAGCCUUCAAGUGCACAGGUUAUACAUCAAGAAUAUAAAGGUCUUCAACUUCCAUGAAGAGAUGCAGAACCACAGAACAUGAAAGAAAUCUAGUUCUCUAGUCACUGAGCUCUAGUCACUGAGCAGGAAACUGUCUCUUCCAGAAACUUCUUCCUUUGCUUGUUUGUCUAAGGGGAAUUUCGGGUGGGGGUGGUUUUUUUUUUUUUGUCUCUUUACUGGUAGGUGCCUGCACUCCUCUAGGGGCUGAUAGGGUCAAUCCUUCCCUUUCUAACUGGGUCAUACACUGAGCACAUGUGGAAUUACAUCAGGGAGUAAACAUGUGCUAGUUGGUAUAAUGCAACCUCUGUGUUUCUAUCAUAGGAAACAUCUUUUAGAGAAAACAGCUGGUAACUGAAGGUUCUGGAUUGCAUUUUUUGAGUCUCCUUAAUGCUUUGUGGCUCACAAGAACCUUACAUUUCUAUCACCUUUUUAGAAUGUCCAGGUUACACCUCACAGUUGUAAAAUUUAUGAAGUAAACAUAAGAUUUUUUGAAAGACCUCUGGUUGGUGCUUUCAUUGCUAGUUUGGAUAUAAGUCUAUGCAUAGUGGUCACAGAGGGAGACAGGCUUUGAAACAUCCUGUACAUUUGUUUGGACACUGGGUGUUGAUGCUGCACUUAUACCUUUCUUGAGGGUUCAUAGGUACAAAUGGACACACUUGUCUCAUGUAUUUACUCCCUACUUACCCAUUGCUUCUGAAAUAGUGAAAUGCAUAGAACUGCCAGGGGAUGCAAGAGGGGUGUCUUGUUCUUACAUAAAGGAAAAAAACACCAACAAAUCUAGCCCAUGGUAACCAGGCAGUGUUUCCCAUUGACGGUGAACUUUACAGAUGUCAGCUUUAUACGAUUUAUCUUCUUCAGUUCCAUUGCUGAAAAUCACAUGCUAAACUUUCACAGAGUUGCACUAACACUAUCUCCGUAUGUGGAUUUGGAAGCAGGUGCUGAAAAAAUGAUCAACACGGUGGUUACAAUAGUGCCAAUACAGCUGAUGGUGAUACAACUAUUUCUGUGUAUUUUAAUCUUUGAAAGAGCCAGCUAGAAACUCUUGUUUGCAAGAAUAAGUUUCUUAAUCUACCUGUGAUGAAAUUUUGUUCUUUAUAACACUGGAGAUUUCCUUCUGUUCAAUUUACUGUAUUUAUAAUUAAUGUCUUGCUUUAUAAUUAAUGCCAAUGUAUGGAUUGUAUCUUAAGUCUUGUAUUCAAUGCUUUAAUGUGUUUUAUCAAAUCUUUUCUUGUAAUGUUACAACACCUCAUCUGUAAAACAAUGUCAAUACUUGAUGCUUAUAUUGACUGUUAAUGUUUUCAUUCUGAGCUGAUGGUCACUCUUGAAGCAAUUUCUCCACUUCGUGUGCUAUCUGUGACGUGGUAUACUUACUCAGGAAAUAAUCUCUGGAACAUCUGUGUAUGUCAGGCGCAAAGGAGAUACUUCUUCAGAUGCUGUACUGGACUACAAAAUCCAACAAAUGAAACCAGUGACUUUUGCUAAAUAUUUUCUCCCCUUAUUGCAAAAAUCUGUCAGUUAAAUACAUAAGGGACCACAAGGGCUUAGAGAGACUUUGAAAGCAGAUCAAAUGUACAGUAUCUUUCUCAUGGCUCACUCUUUUUGAGAAGGUUUAUGGGCUUUAUGGCUGGUGUGAGACACACGACCCACUCCUGUUCUCUCUAUGGAAUAGUAGGUGCUCGGACAGGUAACUUCUGUUGCUACUGUCUUUUUUAAUUUUUAAUUUUUUUCACUGUUCUAGGAAUUGUUUUAAGCUGUACACUGCAGGAUUUAUAACCAGGUGUUUGCUGCCUUUUCCUUUGUUUUAUUUCUUUAAACCUUUCUUAACAGAUGAGGGUGACUUUUGGAGCAUUCUGAUGGUGGAUCUUGGCCUGCUGUUAGAAGUCUCCAGGCCUCUCAUGUUUAUAAUUUGAGUUGAAAAGUUUUUGUUUUGUUUAUUCAUUUAAAACAAUGACACAAAUUAGGUGUGUGGAUUUUGGGUGGGAUUUGUUGUUCCUGUAUUUUGUGUGACUUAUUCUACCUUUUUUUACAGAAACGUGUUCUAACAGUUCACACUUUGUUACUGUUCUUUGCAAAACUUUUCAGGAGCCAAAAAAGUCAAACAAUCCAGAGAAAACCCCUUCUCCCCUUUCCGAUGGCAAGAGUGAGAACUUAUGAAAAAUCCUUGAGAAUGUUCCUUCCUAAACUUUUCCCCCCAGUAAUGCAAGCGGGUAAAAUGGUAAACGCAGCAGUUUGGUGACAUCCAAAACCGACCUGUUGUCAGGUAAAUUGAGACUUUUCUGCUCUUACUGUAAUCUUGAUAAAUUUGCUAACUUGUCUGCCUUCCUUUCUUCCCAUCAGUUCAUUUUGGUGAAACUUGUUGAAUGAUUGCUUUAACCGUGAUGUUUAGAGAAAAUCCUACUUUUCUUCCUCAGUUCCCCUCCUUAUGCUUGUUGACCUUUAAAAAAACUGUCAUUGUCCUUUGCUUUACUCAGGUAAGACAGAAGUGAGUCCCCUCAUGCGACUGUGUGAGGAAUAGCUUUGUAAUACAUUCAUUCCACUUCUUUGUCAGUUCCAGGUAGUUUGCCUUCAAUUGUACUAUUUUAGCGUAGAUUUUUGAAAGGUAUGUUGCUUUCCAUUUGCCAAAUGAACAUAAAAUAUAACUGCAUCAAUUAGGAGUUGUUAGGUAUGAAAAAACUAGUGCUAAGAACGUUAAAUCUAUUAAUAUUCAAUAGAGCAAGAUCCUGUAAAGAGGGCAGAUGGGAGAAUACAUGUGCUGAAGAAAAAGAGUGUUGGGCUGAUUAUUUCUGUUUGUGGAGGAUGGGGGACAUAUUUUAUGUUUUCCUUACUGCUGUAUCAAAGCACUUGUACAUUUUAUCCUUCUCUGGUAACUCAACUCCCUUAAUCUCAAACUGUGUGAAAGUGCUGGGUACUUAAUAUUCUUUUACUUCUUUUAAGGAGGAGAAUCUUGUAUUUUACUCAGAUAUAAAUAUCAGACAAUUGGAAUACCAUUCCAAGUUGAAGAAUAUGAGCCUACAAACAGGCUUCCAAGUUUCCAAAUGCAGUUUUCUAUUUCCCAUGACAUCUGUAAAGAAUUAGCACUUGUUUCAGAUUAUUUUUCUGUGUAUGCUAGUAACUCCUCUAUACCAUAAUAAAAUAGUCUACUUUUCGUAGUUUCAAUUUAUAUUUUCCUGAUACACAGCAAAUUUAUCAGCAAUACCAUAAACUGCAGCUUCAAAUUAAGGUGGGAGGAAAUAAUUUUAGAGCCAAAUUUUGCUCUCAAUUACACUGAGAUAAACCUGGAAUCACUCUGUGAAAGUCAGUGGAGUGAUAUCCAAUUUCACUGGUAUAAUUGAGUGUAUAAUUUGUGUCUUUAAUUUUACUUGCAAGAUAAUUUUACAAACCUGUUAUACUUAUGUUUCCAAUGCUUUUUCCUUUCAGACACACCCACUUCUUGCGUCUCAGCACUGGGCAGGCCUAUUCCUUUAUUUGUGUAUAUUUUUGUGCAUCAGCUGCUAUAGGACACGGGUGUAACACUUUCAGGCAUGUGGUUGGGUGUCUUUUUGGGGUUUGUAAUAAUGUCUAAAAAUAAGAAUUUCUUUUCCUCAAACUUAUUAAUGAAUUCAUGUUGGAUCAUGGUUUUGCAUCUCUAACCUGAUUUUAGAUACAUACAAGUAAAGGCUGUCUUGAAAGAAAUACAGUACUAGUUCUUUGCAGUGUCUGCAAUUGAUCUUUGGUGGGGAGAGUUGAUAAAAAUGUACUGCAUUCUACAAAAAUGAUUGUUUUUGUAUUUAAUGUUUCUUGAAAUGUGGUUUUACAGAUCAUGCUCCUUCCUCUUUAUGAAAUGGCUUUCAAAGCCUUGUAUUGAUCUUGGUUGUGCCCAGUGCUUUGCCUAGUGUAUGGGGAGAUGUUGUAGAACUUGAAUAGGCCAUGACAUCUUAGACAAAGGAUGAUGAUUAUAUGCAUGCUGAACACGAACUUCUUCUAUAUGCCCUUCUGCUGCAACAGAAUAAUAAAACUGGUAGGUGGCAGCAGCAGCAGCAGCAGAAGAAGAAACUCAUGACUGGGACCUGAGAAACCUCCAGUACGGGGAGAAAUGGAUUGCAAAAUACUAACUGGAGUAAGGGGAAUGGAGGAGAAAGGCAUAGUCCCUGAACUGUCCCUCUGAAUGGAGUCUAAUGCGUGUGAAAGAUGCUGGAUCACCAGUUGCAGAGAUUGAACUCUACCCACUGGAAAGGUUUUUCUGCAGCAACAGGAGGUCGUCUUUUGCCUCUUGUGGGGACAUUUAGCCUUUUGAUAAUGCCUCCAUCACAAUGAAGGGAAGAAAGGAUGGACCAGCAAUGAUGUGGAAUGGAGUGAUGUCCACACAUGGCGUUAACAGUCAUUAUGAUCCCUGUCCUAAUAACAUGGAGAACUGAAUAAAGAGUUUAAUUGUA